AAGAGGUAGUCUUGUAGUGGGAGUACCUUGCAGUGGGAGUGCCUCCUUUUAUUUAGCUUUAUUUAGUGUAUAAUCACUUUAUACAGGGUAUCAUUUGAAACUGCUGUUCAUUGGUCAGUGAGGUCAGACUGUUAGGAAAUUGUGCUGGGUGGUUCUGACUGUUCAAGUCCAUUCAAGCUGCAUUCCACAAGUUCCUGAGAACAUGAGACCAUCCACUUGCAAACAAGCUGCUGUGAAGAACUUUAGUCUGGGAAACAAUCCGCUGCAAAUCAUGGCCCAAAACGGAGCCACUGACUGUAUUCCAAAUUUUCAAAAUAUAAGCACCUCAGAGGCUGUGGACAUUCUGUGCACUGAGUUUGGUUGUUUGUUGGAGCAGCUGAAGCAGCGAGAGAGUCUAACUGAAGACGCCGCAGUGCAGACAUUCUUGAGAAAGAAGUACAAUGAAAGUGCUCACAGCUUCUCUGAGAUGAAGACGGUGAAACUCCUAACGAAGGUGUCUGACUCCGUCUGCCUGAUCUGUGUAGAAGGUGCUGCAAGAGGAACCGGAUUCCUGCUGUUUGACAGGUUCAUCCUCACCAAUGGUCAUGUGAUUGAACACAAAUUUGACAAGGAGACACGGAAGCUGUACAACACUGUUACUGCUGUAUUCGGCUUUGAAGAUCAGGGCAUGGGGAAGGAACUACAAGUGAAAGACCACAUUGUUGCCUACUGUCAUGGAAAGGAUGAUACAGGGAAACUUCUGGACUUCGCUCUGCUGGAACUGAGUGAUGAUGCAGAACUUCCUGUUUGUUGCUUAUUGCUAAGCAGCUACAGUCCCCCUCCCACCAAGGGAGGGAUCUGCAUAGUUGGCCACCCUGAUGGAGGGGUCAAACUAAUGGAUCCCUGUUUCAUCAUUGAGAAACAUCCUGAGGAAACAGCUGAGAAAAAGUCUGAGAACAUCCUUCAUAUAAUGUCAAAGAAGUGCUUGGAGGAAAUGAAGUCUGAGAUCAACUACAGUUCUUGGUUCUUACAUGGAUCGUCUGGCUCACCAGUCUUUAACGUGUCAUGUGAGCUAAUCGGUGUUCACUCUGGUGGAUAUGCGUACAAAGACGAAAGAGGAGAAACCCAGAGGGUCGUGGAAUACGCUCUCCCCAUGCUGCCCAUCCUGGCACACAUCCUUAAACAAGUGAAGGAGAAAAGAAGAACGGAUGUGGUGAAGUACUUUGAGUCUCAGACCAAUAUGGAAGAUGUGCUUCAGGCAGCAGAUCAUCUGAAGGAUCAUCCAGCAGAUGAAGAGCAGGAAGCUAGUGAAGUUUGUGAUUCAGAAAAGAUCAGUCCUAGACAUUUAGAACAAACCCAAUCUAAAAUAACAAGAAGAUCCUCACCUAAUAACUUACUCAAAGUUCUGUAUGCUGAGUUUGAUUUGUUGCUCAAAGUGCUGAAAGAGCGAGAGAACCUAAGCAGUGACUCAGAAGUGCGUAGGUUUUUCAGAGAGGAGUACGAUAAGAGUGUUGAGACUUUUAAUGAGGUGCACAAAGUGAAGCAGCUGAUGAAGCUCUCCAAUUCUGUCUGUCUAAUCUACAGUAAGGAUUCAAAAGGAAAUAAAACUCCACUAGGGACUGGUUUUCUGUUCACCAGAAACUGCAUCCUCACCAACGCACAUGUUAUUGGGAACAAUCCCCAAAGCACAAUGAAACUAUCACAGCCUAUCACUGCUGUAUUUGGUUAUGAAGCACCAGACAGCGACAUCACUGAAGUGCAAGUGAAGGAGAAAAUUGUUGCUUUCUAUCAGCACAAAAGGGAUGGAGAAAACGGUAAACAUGUGGACUUUGUCCUGCUGGAGCUGAGCAGAGGUGUUAAAUAUAUUGAACUACUCCAGACCUGUGCUGGGGACACCUUCAGUAGCAAUGUACCUGAGGUCUCAGGAGGAACCUGUAUCAUUGGGCACCCUGAUGGUGGGAUCAAGAAGCUGGACUUCAGUUUCAUCAUUCAAAAAGCGGAACGAGAUCAAGCUGUUCAGAAGCACCUCGCUGAGAACCCAGAUUAUGUCCAUAUAAUCACCCAGAAAUCUAUCACAGAGAAAUGGCAAUUCUAUGACUCCCAGUUCACCUACGAUUCCUGUUUAUUCUAUGGUUCUUCUGGCUCUCCAGUCUUUAACGAGUCCUGCGAGCUGAUUGGUGUUCACACUGGUGGCUAUGUUUACCCAGGUGAUGGAGGGAAAACCAGGAGUGUCAUAGAAUACGGUCUCUCCAUGAGGAGCAUCCUCAUACAUCUUAGUGAUUUGAAAGACUUCUUCCCAGAAGUUCCUUAUAGGCAGGUUCUGCCUGAAGGACUCAAGGACCAAACACUGAUCACUGUCUGCGGAGAGCCCAAACAAAAUGCUGAUAGAUUUAUGAUUGACAUCUGUAAAGGCACUGAUAUAGCCUUUCAUUUCAACCCUCGCUUCAAUGACAAUGGGAAGCAGGUGAUUGUGAGGAACAGCUGGAUUAAAGGUGUUUGGGGUCCCGAGGAAAGACACCCUCCUUUCUUUCCUUUCACACCUGGAAAACCUUUUGAGAUCAAGAUUUUGUGCACAUCCUCUGAAUACAGAGUUGAAGUUGAUGAUAGGCAUGUGCUGAAUUAUUCACAUCGUAUGAAGGAGCUUGACCAGAUAACACACCUCCUCAUUCAUCAUGACGUUGUCCUCAAAUAUGUUCACAUAGAAUUUAAAGCUUGAGGUGAAACAUCAGACGCUCCUGCAGCAUGAAGGACUGAACUGAAUCCUGUCUACCUUUACAAGAUUCAUUGUGUUAUUCAUCUGUUCUUCAUGGUUCUCUAUGUAUCUGUUGAUUUACUGAUUAGUGUAUACUGUAUACUCAUAUCUGUUGAUUUGCUAUGAUUAGUGUAUACUGUAUACUCAUGUCUGUUGAUUUGCUGUGAUUAGUGUAUACUGUAUACUCAUGUCUGUUGAUUUGCUAUGAUUAGUGUAUACUGUAUACUCAUGUCUGUUGAUUUGCUGUGAUUAGUGUAUACUGUAUACUCAUAUCUGUUGAUUUGCUGUGAUUAUUGUAUACUGUAUACUCAUAUCUGUUGAUUUGCUGUGAUUAGUGUAUACUGUAUACUCAUGUCUGUUGAUUUGCUGUGAUUAGUGUAUACUGUAUACUCAUGUCUGUUGAUUUGCUAUGAUUAGUGUAUACUGUUUACUCAUGUCUGUUGAUUUGCUAUGAUUAGUGUAUACUGUAUACUCAUAUCUGUUGAUUUGCUGUGAUUAGUGUAUACUGUAUACUCAUGUCUGUUGAUUUGCUAUGAUUAGUGUAUACUGUAUACUCAUAUCUGUUGAAUUGCUAUGAUUAGUGUAUACUGUAUACUCAUGUCUGUUGAUUUGCUGUGAUUAGUGUAUACUGUAUACUCAUAUCUGUUGAAUUGCUAUGAUUAGUGUAUACUGUAUACUCAUGUCUGUUGAUUUGCUAUGAUUAUCUCAUACUCAAGUGUUGAUUGUUGUAGAAUUGUAUGUGUUUAAGGAUCAGGGGCUCUCUCUCUUUCUCUGUGGCCAAAAAGUAGGUAUAAAAAAUACUUCAAGGUGAUUGGACAGUGGCUCACAGAUGAUGUACGAGAGACAGGCAUAAAAUGUUCAUAAGGGCAGCUGGAUAUUCUGGAGGUCAACAGUAGCAGGCAGCUGGUUUUUGAGAGAGAGACAGAGAGAGACAGAGAGAGAGAGAGAGAGAGAGAGACAGAGAGAAAGAUAAAGAGAGAGAGACAGAGAGAGAAACACACAGAGAGAGAGAGAGAGAGAGAGAGAGAGAGAGAGAGAGAGAGAGAGAGAGAGAGAAGCCUUAGUUUUAGGGCAGUGCUGCUCUGGCCUUUUAAUUGCUUUUAUAUUUCUUCAUUCUUUCAUUUUUUUUUUUAAUUCUCCUUUUUACUUUUAGCCAAUCAGUGAUUUUUCUAUAUGAUCAUAAUUUUCUUCAAGCAUCAUAAAACUUGUUUUUGUCUGAUGAAUUCUUUGAAUAAAUCUGGUAAAGGCAUUGCUGACUGUGCUAUGACUUCAUUUCUGCACCAAUUCAACCCUUAUUUUACAGGCAUUUCUGGAUUACUUGUGUUUACUCAUCACUGAUUAAUCAAUCAUUCUGUGAUUUAACUUAAUCUGCAUCUAAAUCUCCAUCUAAAUUCUCAUCUGGCUUUACUUAAAUCAGGAAAUGUUAUUUCUAGACUUCAGGCUACAACAUUGAUAUAACUAACAUUUUACUUUUUACUGAA